UCUAAUGGGCUAUAAUAAAAGUUGACUGCUCCUGACUUUAUAGUUGAAAGGUUGAUCGCAAAGAAUCGUUCCAAUAAUGAAUGUAUGGGUUUGGAAAUCCUCAAAUAUACUGGAAGUAUAAUUCGAAUCGAGUAUCAAAGUAUUCGCCGUGAAAAGUUCUUCCAUCCUAUGUAUGAUUGUGAUGAGUUCUGUUUGAAAAGUGCUAUGGGCCAAAUCAUGUUCUUAUGCGCCCCUGUCCUUUUAUUGUCGAAGUUGUAACUUCGAUGACGAUCAUCGUCGAAGUUAUAACUUCAUCACAUUUAUACGACGAAGUUGUAACUUCGUCAAUAUGAGUCGACGGAGUUAUAACUUCGACAACAUUCUUGACGAAGUUAUAACUUCGUCGACCGGUGUAACUUCGAUACGACAUAUAUAUAGGUAACAAGUGCAAGAUAAUAAAUGCUAGAAAACUUUCAUCUUUCUAUUAGGUCUUGUUAUUGGUUGUUUACCCAUCUUUGGUUUACGUUUAUCGACACUUGAAUGUCUUUAUAGUCCAAUGUGCUUACAAAAACUAUCUAACUUAACUAAAAAUAUAUACAAUAAUUUAUGGCUUCUCAAUAUUUCGAUACCUAGUCGAUUUACUCCAGUAUCAUCAACACUUAUUCGAACAUUAAUUGAUGAAUCAUUUAUUGAAUCAUGGCACAUUAAAAGUAAUUAUUCCAAUUACUUUGAAAUAUGUGCACCAUCAACAUGUCAAUAUACUUAUGAGAAAAGACAUGAUGCUCUGUAUAUUUUAACAACAUUUCUAGGUUUAUAUGGGGGAUUAACAGUUGGUUUAAAACUUAUUGUGUGGUAUGUUCUAUGCAUUACUGCGAAAGUGCAAGAAUAUUUGAUUGAUCGUCGAAGACGUGUUGAACCUAUAAAUGAAUGGUGA